AUGCUCAGAAGGAGCAGAACUACAGGGAAGUUGACGAGCAACUGCAGCAAGCGCAGCUUUUGCUCGAGGAGCAGACCAAGAGGGAAAAGGAAUUCCUCAGGGCACAGGCUUCGCAGGCCAAAGAGGUACUGGCGGGCCGAUGGGAUCAGCACUUGCGUGCACAGGAGAUUUCCGCCGAGCAGGACUUUCAGAAGUCCCUCGCCCAGCUUCACGAGUCUGCCCGGAUGA